UUUUUUUUUUUUUAUUAAACCAACCCACAAUGAGCUGCGGCGUUUUCUCCGGACCGACCACCAUCACUGGCCUCCCCCACCGCCGCCGUGCCGCAUCCUCUCCGGCGAUCCCCUGGAUCAUCCUCCCCCUCAAACCCUCCUCUCUCCGCUUCGCCGCCUUCAAGGCCCGCGCAGCUGUGGAGAAGGGAGGCUGCUUGGGCACCAGCUUCUACGAUCUACUUGGGAUCUCUCAAGGUGGGAGCUUGGAGGAGAUUAAAAGGGCUUACAAGCAGAUGGCCAGGAAGUAUCAUCCUGAUGUCUCGCCGCCGGAUCUCGCCGAGGAGUACACUCGCAGGUUUAUUGAGGUUCAGGAGGCUUACGAGACGCUGUCCGAUCCUUGCCGCCGGGCGAUGUAUGAUCGAGACCUUGCUCGCGGCCUCCAGUUUGCGCUGACUUCCAGACGCAGGUUUGAUCAGGACCUCGAGGAGAAAUCAAUGUGGAAGAACCGGUGGCAGGAUCAACUUGAAUCACUGAAGAGUAGGAGCAUGAGCAACAAUUCAACAGCAAAUCUAUCUUGGGCAGCUCGAAUACGAAAACAAAGGGUUGCUGAAUCAUCAUCAACGAAGUGAAGACGGAUACUAACUGUAUCUUUGGCAUUUGGUUUCAGUAACAUGAAUGGCCACAACAUAAGCUACACAAGGCAUAUAAGUUAAGCAUAUCAAGAAAAAUUCUCAAUUUCACAUCUCAAAGAAGCUUGGCAUUAUACAGGAAGAAGGAUGCAAAUAUUGGGCUAAACAAUGAUACUGCAUCUUUGUAUAUUUUGUUCUACACUACAAAAGUUAUCCUUAGUGUGAACUGCCCGCACUUGUAACUUUAUUGUGGAAUGACGAAAAGAAAUGAAGACAUUGUAAGGGUUUUCUUUCUUGAAGUGUAGGCCCCGUUCAUUA